AUGCUCGGCCCUCUCCACCGCUCUUCACGCCUCUUCUACCUGAGCACCGCGGCUUUGCGCACUUUGUUGGUUCUUCAUUUCUCAACCUUUCCAGAGCGGCAGGACGGCCAUCCUGUGCGCGCGUUUGGCGAGGGCAAACUGCCCGCUCUAUCCAAGCCGACAUCGUGCCAUGGGCCGCGACGCCUUCUCCUAUCCGACAGCCCUGACGACGAGCUUCGCUAUGGCCAUCCAGACCAAGUGUAUCCCUCUCCGUUUAUAGGCUCCCAGUCGACUGGGCGCAUGCAGCAUCUUUGCCCGGAGCGAAACGUCAAGCGAUUCCCCAUCCACUCGCCUCCGGCAAAAAUCUUGGGCGGCAGGAAAUUUGCGCUCAAGAAUGCAAACGCAUCGGACGCGACGGCGGGCCCCCUUGACGAGUUUUCAGGGACCAGUCCUUCUCGAAGGACAGCCACUGUCAUUCGCGGCUUUUCCAGCUUCGCCUUUAAGCCAGAAGACUUGUGGAACCUCCGCUCUCUCAUUGUCGAGACGGCACUUCACUCUGGCGGGGAAUAUGCCGUCUUCUUGCUCGUGCAUAUACAAGACCCAGCGGCGAACGUCUUCGACUCCGAAAAGAGCGAUCAGUUGUUGGAGUCGUGGUACGAUGCAGUCAAUGAACAUCAGACCUUGCUCCAAGUGUUCCAGCCUCUGCAGCUCUUUGCACUGUAUCAUCCGGGGUUCGACCACUAUUGGCAGGUAGAGCUCGACCAGCGCUUUCUUGGCCAGGCCGGGAAAUAUCUCGACGUAGUAUCGGCGUUUGCGUGGCACGAGCCGCGAAAGCAGGCCCCAGAACGAGCGACAUACCCGCUCAACGUCGACGAGUAUGGCACCUACGACAAAUUUCUGUCCCGAGUGGACAGGGCAAAUCGGGGUCAGUCGAGAGCCUGGGGCCCCGUGCGCAUCCCCGGAGUCUACCACCGGGGCCGAGACCGCCAGUAA